CAUCUCCUGAAUCGCUCAUCAGGAUACAGGAUUUCUCUCAUCCCGUCGCGUCGCAUCGCGUCGGACAAGACCAGGUCUUCUCCUCGUCGGACCACCAGUUUUUUCGACUAAUCGGAUUCUUCACGACGAUUUCGUUUUGCAUUAAAUUGACGUAUGUGAAAACGUAGGAACGAAAUUAUUAUCCGUCAUCAACACUGAAAUCUGAUUAAACAGAAAACAGUAUCCUACGUGCAAGAAACGAAACUCUUUAACAGCAAACGAGGAUAAUUCUUGAUAAUGAGAAUGCAAUCGUGUUGGAAUAUCGUCAGCUUAUUCCUCGUUCUAAUCAUUUUCGGAGACGCCAUCGUUCACGGGGAACCGGAACCGAUGGCCAGACCAACUCGGCCGGAAGGAUUUGCCAUUGCCAUGCCGGACGAAUUAAUAAAAUAUGUCGACCAGUUUAGCAAUGAUCUCUCGCUCAAAGCCAAACAAAGGUAUGGGAAACGGGGGAACGCUCUGGACAUUAGUCACGCGUGGAACACCAUAAAGGCGAUGUACGACAAUUCGCGACUGGCCCAAACGAGAUUCGGUAAGAGGGAACAAGAGGAGAGUCGUUUCUUCUUCGAUCCGGAGAAUUACAACGGCAAACAAGACGCUUCGCGACUCAACGACCGACCAUGUAUCUGUUAAACAAUUAUUGAAAACUAUUUACGACGAUAUGUUAUAUAAGGAAGAAGAUAAAAGGUUUGUGCUUUGUAAUUCACUUUAUUCUGUACACGUCCUGAGGUAAUUAAUUCGUUGUAAAUUGCUUAUUAACACGAUGAACAACAAUUAAUUGUAAUACCGGUCGUUUUAAGAACGUUACUUCAGUUCCGAAUAAAUGACAGAGUGCCUCUUCGAGCUAUACAUACAUAGAAAAGCCGAGAUGACGCGACGACCGUUUGUUAAAAUUUGCGAGCCAGGACGUUGUACUCCAGAAUAAAUAACGUUUCACAUGAUA